CUAGAACGACAUUAUAUUUUCUACAUUACUAACGCACGACGCAAAUGUAGUCAUCACUAGCAGCUUUCGCUUCCUGGAAAUCGCUUUCACGUUCACGGCACACUGUAAAAUGCAUCGACACCUCUGUCUAGUCAAGCAUCGCCCUGGACAGAACGAAUGAGCGACAAUAUUGUUGUUGCGCCUUCUGGCAUGGAAACCAUCGGUCUUUCUACUGUUAACGUAAUCUCUAAUGAAGCCUCAGAGACUAGACGAGACCUACAAAUAAUUCGCAACGAGAAAAGCAGCACAAGUAGCGCCACCACCGACGAGCGUGCCAAGUCCAACAAUAGGCUGACCAUCCCAGUGCCCGCUCCUCAUCCAGCCAGCACUGCUAACGACACAUAUCACAACAAUGAUCCUGUGCUCACAACGGGGUCCAUCGACAUCCAGGAGCUCUCGGAGCGACCGGUAGCCUUAUCUUCUCAUCCAAUAUCGAGACAGAUUACAAGCCGGUUGUUCAUCUCUCACUUCUUGUCGACAUGGAAUUCGCGGCUGUUCGAGAUGGGCGCUGUACUCUUCACUGCCGCCAUUUUCCCCGGGACGUUACUGCCAAUGUCUGUGUAUGCGCUUGUGCGUAGUGCAGCCGCUGUUAUGCUAUCGCCCGCCUUAGGAUCUUGGAUUGAUAAAGGCGAUAGACUGAAAGUUGUCAGAGUUUCCAUUGUAGGCCAACGGCUGGCAGUUGGGGCAUCGUGCGGUAUAUUCUGGAUCUUAUACGUGCGAAAAGAGCUCGGAACCAAGCUGAGGGUCGGCCUCUUUGUCGUGAAUAUACUUCUGUCAUGUAUAGAGAAGUUGUGUUCAGUCCUGAAUCUGGUCUCUGUGGAAAGGGACUGGGUUGUGGUCAUUUCACGAGACGACGAUACAGCUCGGCGGAUACUUAACGCUCGCAUGCGCCGCAUCGACCUGUUUUGCAAAUUGUUUGGUCCACUCGCUAUCUCCUUGAUUGACGGAGCAUCUACAAUCGUCGCUAUCUUCGUUACUCUGGCGAUGACUUGUACGUCAGUUCUUAUCGAGUACUUUACGAUUGCAGCAGUUUUCAGAAUGGUUCCGGCUCUUCAACGAACGACGACUGAGAACAGCCUUACUGCUGCCGAAGACGACUCAGAGCUACCAUCGGCGUAUGAAACUAAUCGAGUUUCACUGCGCGAGAUUAUCGACUUCGCACAGUCAGCCGCCUCUAUCCUCCUUCCGCUCAACUCGAUACCUUACUACUUCCAACACCCAGCAUUUCUCCCUUCAAUCUCCUUGUCUCUGCUCUACUUUACAGUCCUCUCCUUCUCCGGCCAAAUGAUCACCUUCCUCCUUGCCAUUGGCUAUACGUCCUAUGCUGUGGGUGCCGCCCGCGCGGUUAGCACUAUUUUCGAACUCUCCGCAACCUGGAUCGCUCCCAAAGUACAACAACACAUCGGCGCUGUGCGAGGCGGUAUCUGGUUUUUGACAUGGCAGAUGAUAUGGCUUGCUGGGGGACUGUCCUGGUUCUUUGCCAGUGGUGAAGGCCUCACUGGGAAUAAGCUCUUCGCAGCAAGCGGGCUCGUCGGCGCCGUCAUAUUGAGCCGUGUGGGUCUGUGGAGUUUUGAUCUUUGCGCUCAGAGCAUUAUACAAGAGGAGGUGGAUGAGCAGAGUCGGGGCGCUUUUUCCACCGUGGAGGCAUCUUUCCAGAACCUUUUUGAGCUCCUUUCGUACGUAACAACGAUCAUCUUUUCGAAGGCAGACCAGUUUCAGUGGCCUGCCGUCAUCAGCGUCAUUGCGGUAUACGUCGCUGGAGGAACUUAUAUGGUAUUUGUGAGGAGAAGGCGCGGGCACUUGGUACAUAUGCCGAGCUGUAUUAAGCCGCGGCUGGAAGAUAACUGCUAGUAAUCGAGCGUUGCCAUGCAAGGACGAAGCAUGAACCGGAGAGUCGCGUAGGUGCUGCUGUAGAGCCGCCUCAGUUGAGACCGUCACUGCCGUAGUGACGUAGUGACGGUCUCAAAUGAUAACAGUCGAUGGUAUGCGCGAGCGAGUCUUGUUUGUGGUGCUGCAGGCUUUCAUCGCUAUCGAAAGAUCGAUCGAAGAGAACACAGCGGGAGCUCAUAGUGUCAAAAGUCUUCAUACUACCACCAUUGAUUCGAUUUUUUAGAAGUAUUCAGAAGUAAUCAUAGUCGGAAGCGGUGAGUCGACAUUCCAAUUAUACGUGUGACGAUUGGAAUGCUGGCAUAGCAGUUAUGUCGUGUAACUGCAACUUUACACUGUCGUCUAUUGACCCGUCACAAAAUGCUGUCAAUGGCGCUCGAAAGCGGGAAUGCUUUGAUGCGCGCGAAAGACUACUCGCUGAUAACUGGCAGGAGGUGAAUCAUUGCUACUUCCCUUCCACUGCGCGGAGAAUAUGACGAUGACUAACUCUAAUUCACAAUAACGAAAAGGACGAGUGUUCUUUUCAGACAAGUCCAUCCACCCAAGCACUCUCAGUCACUACUUAGAACCGCUUCUGGCAACCUUCCUAUUAAGCACGAUCUCUGGUGAAGAUUUUGUUAUAUCUCGUUUACUGCAUCCUCUCCGAUUCCACUUGUGACGAACCUCGACCGGUGCCUCGACCGGUGCAUCUUAAACUCGUCGUACAAGACGAGACUAAGCCAGAUAGACACAAAAAACCCAAGGAGGACGUAGUUUCUAAUAUACGCUCCAGUGGAUACUAUCACAUUAGUCUGGGCCAGCUGAAAACCUAGACCGCUGUUGAUCAUGCCUAAGAUAAUU